UUUCUUAGGUAAAUCGGCACAUCAAGAAUGGGGAUGUGCUGCUGCUUAACCGUCAGCCCACUCUCCACAGACCAUCAAUUCAGGCCCACUGUGCUCGCAUCCUGCCCGGAGAGAAAGUGCUCAGACUACAUUACGCCAACUGUAAGGCCUACAACGCUGACUUUGAUGGUGACGAGAUGAACGCUCACUUCCCUCAGAGUGAGCUGGGCAGAGCUGAGGCCUACACGCUAGUGAGCACAGACCAGCAGUACUUAGUGCCUAAAGAUGGGAAGCCAUUGGCCGGCCUGAUUCAGGACCACAUGGUGUCUGGCGCCAGCAUGACCAUCCGUGGCUGUUUUUUCACACGGGAUCAGUACACUGCACUAGUCUACAGAGGCCUGACGGACAAGAUCGGCAGAGUGAAGCUCCUGCCUCCCGCGCUCUUUAAACCCGUGCCUCUCUGGACAGGAAAGCAGGUGGUGUCGACCCUUUGUCAGUUUUGA